UGUAACAAGCAAACAUUUGAUUUAUGUUCAAAAGACCAAAUAAAUUGUUGCCUUUUUGCUUGAUAAGUUACCAAAUUAAUAUCAAUUCUGGAAUUUACAUGCUAAAAAGUAUUGUAAUAAUUUAAUUUAGGCAACAAAAAUGCCGAACCAACAUAAGAACGACGCAUCAUUAAAUUUCUUUACAGAAAAUCCAUAAUUUAAAAAAACCAACCUGUUUACAUUGACUACAUAGGUUAAAGUCUCCGACUGACAAUCUCAUAUGUCUUUUCAUCUUUGGAUUCACUCUUACAUGAAGGGGCGAAAAAAAAACAACAACACACAAACAAGCUUAAAGAGAAGUGAAUUUCUAGAUCUAAGAUCUUAUCUAGAUCUAGAUCGAUCAAUGAUUGAUUUUUGAUUUGAUAACUGAUGAAAGGGAAAGUAGACUUAUGUUUAAAUAAUAAUGUCUGAAUUAUUUGGAGCAAAACAGCUUCUAACCAAGGCAUACUUCGACGAGGUUCCUUAUGGAGAAAAAAAGGAUGACAACUUUGGUACAACGACAGCAGAAGAAGCUCUAGCUGGCAAGGUUGUUUGUUUGUUCUUUUCUGCUUUGUGGUGUGCACCUUGUCAGCAUUUUAUCCAUAUGCUUCGAGAUGUCUUCGCAGAACUACGCCGCCGCAAAGAGCCAAUAGAAAUUGUGUUCAUUAGCUUUGACAAGACGGAGAAAGACAUGCUGGAAUACUACAAGAAUAGCCAUGGAGAAUGGCUGGCCCUUCAGUUUGGAGACAAUUUUAAGGAACUUCUUGCUGAAAAGUAUUCCAUAAGUGUUAUUCCAAAGCUUGUGGUGAUUCAGCCAAAUGGAAAUGUGAUCUCAAGCAAAGGGAGAAAGGAAGUUCAGGACAAAGGAAUUGUUUGCAUGCGAGGCUGGCACUCAACUUUGUUACGUCCCGUGGAGCCCAAAGAAGAGCAAAAUGGGGACGAUGCCGCAAUUUCUUGAUCAGUUUGGGUCACCGAUUAUUUUGGUAGCCCUAUUGAGAACAGUGAACUUUCAACCAAAAAUAGAAUUAAUGCAAGUGUGCAUAUUUUAAAAUUUAGACUCGAAUCUGAACCAUGUGUCCUUAGUGUUCAGAGCUGACCACACUAACACUUCACUGAAGACAUCCCUAAUCUCCAAGCAAACCCCUUUAUCAUGAUAAAUCACAAUUUGUAUAGUACAAUACACUCAGAGAAAACAAUUAUAAAUGUGUAGAUCUAAGUCUGAUUGUCUUGCUUUUUAAAGGUUCUUAGAAUAACCAUGUUGCGUAACUGUCUAUCAUCUGUGUGAUCUCUGUCUCUAUCGAUCUGUCUAUCUAUGUGUAAAACCCUAUACUAUACUAUCUAUCUAUCUAUCUAUCUAUCUAUCUAUCUAUCUAUCUAUCUAUCUAUCUAACUAUCUAUCUACCCAUCUACCUAUCUAUCGAUCUAUUGAUCUAUUGAUCUGUUGAACCAUUUUGUGUGUCUUUCCUUCUGAGUGUUUUUAAUGUUAUGUAGGGAUCCCUUGUUGGUCCCAAAUCGAUUUUUGUAUAGUACAAUACACUCAAAGAAAACAAUUAUGUGUAUCUAAGUCUGGUUAUCUUGCUUUUUAAGGGAUUUUAGAACAACCAUGUUGCGUAACUGUGUGAUGAGCGACCGUUGUAUAAAAACAAACUGAAAGUGAUUAAUAAAGCUACUAUGAUCCAA